AUGUCACCAGGUCGCUACGAUUCGCUAGCAUCGCCACACUCGUGUGUGGAAAUGGAAUUUAGCUCAAUGCAAAGUGCAUCGUCGUCCGUGCAUUUUCCCGCGAAUAACGACAAGAUGUUAUACGACCACGAUUUAGUUAUGGUCUUUCCGCGGCGCGAGGGUGGCGAGAUGAAGAAACCUGAUGAUUUUACCAUGAAUAGCUUCGUGCAAUUAUUGUUAGGCAAAGACACAACGCGUAGCCAGCGCUUGAACAAAGUUGUGAUUGACCCUUUUCAGCGCGUUUUACGCACGUCGCGCUGUUUUCUCGACGAGCGUGGUCGAGACGUAGCCAUGGACACAAGUCACGACCACAGUGAACAAGGUGAACAACGUCGUCUUAUGCGACAGCAACAGCUACUUGAGCAUGAAUAUGUGCAAUUUAUUGGUAAUUCUGAUGCAACAACCGAGACUCGAUUCUGUGAGCUCGUAGCCACAGCGAUCGCUCGUCGUAUACAGUUGGCGUGUGGUCUCACAACGCGUAUGUUUCUAAGUUGUGAUGCAGACGAAAUUAUCAUGACGAUUAAAGCGGAUAAUAACGAUCUUAGAAUUGAAGCCGAUCGGGCAAACUAUCGACUUCAAGUGAGCAACAAACCGUUUGACGAAACACUCCAUCAAAACAAAUUAUCUAAAUUACGACAUGAAAUUGGAGAUCAGGAGUGGCAGAAGUCGAUGGAUCAUUUGCAAAACACACGUGGGUGUGCAAAUGAAGAAGCCGAGGCUCCUGAGAUGGACCCUUUACUUGUGUCGCGUGGACAAGAAUUUCAUCCGGAAUUACGCAAGGCACUCGAUCUGUACGGACAUACGGAAGAAGCGGACGGUCUAUUUGUCCAUGAUGACACUUUUCGACGUCUUCAAGGAAGUCAUUGGACUCGCUUUGUCACAUCAAUUUUUGGUUUACCUUACGAUCCUUUGACGUAUUUUGCACCCUUUGCAGAGUAUCGUCACGAAGAUAAAUAUCAGCCAUACUAUCGACAGUAUCCGAUCAAGUGGGAGGAGAAGAAAGAAGAGACGCUGUUUUCGCAAAAGGAUCGUAUUCGGCUUGCAGAAGGGAUUGUAGAGCGCCAUAUUAAUGCGGACGCUUUAGAAUCAGCUGGGUAUUUGGUCGGUCAAAUGUUUGCACUACAUGAUCCACAAGCUUUGCUUGAUCUACGACAUUCGUGGGCUUUACACUGGACCAUGUUAUAUCAACCACUGCACAAAAUUCGCUACUACUUUGGAGAAAAAAUCGCGUUGUAUUUUGCAUGGCUUGAAUUUUAUACAAAAAUGCUCGUCUUUCCCGCAGUAGCGGGUCUCAUCACGUUUGUCUAUAUUGAAGCACGUCAAGCCGCAACGGGUACUAAUCAACAAGGCUAUAUUCUGAUCGCUUUUGCAGUCUUUGUCGUGCUCUGGUCAUCACUGUUUUCUGAAUUGUGGAAGCGUAAAAAUGGUCUUUUGGAUUCGUUAUGGGGACUUAGUGGUUUACACCAAUCAUUUCGUUACCGGCCUCAAUUUCGCGGCACGAAAAGCUAUCAUCCUGUCACAGAUAGUGAAGAAGUGACAUUUGAAAGCAAGUUGAAGCGUCGUCGUGCGUUCCUCGUGUCCGUCGUGGUUGUGACAUUGAUGGUUGGAAUCGUCAUAGUGGCUCUUUUCGGUCUGUUUCUUUUAAAGAACUGGAUCAAUGACAAGGACAACCUUAAAAACAGUCACAUUAGCGCCGAGUACCAAACGCCACUGACUUUCGCUGUGACUGUAGUAAACGCGAUCCAAAUUUUGGUCCUUAAUACGGUGUAUCGUAAUGUGGCUCGCAAACUGAAUGAUUAUGAAAACCAUCGGACAGACGCCGAAUAUGAAAAUUAUCUGGUCAUCAAGGUUUUCCUCUUUCAAUUUUGUAACUCAUUUGCCUCUUUCUUUUACAUUGCAUUUGUCAAGCGCUUGGCCGAAGGUUCUUGUUUGUACGAAGAUGACUGCAUGCAAGAGCUACGCGACCAAUUAUUGACUCUCUUUAUCAUUCGUAUCGUUGUGGGAAAUGUUACGGAAGUGGCUGUGCCGUACCUUAAAUACCGUUAUCAGCUUUUUGCUGAGCGCAAAGCAGCCAUCAUAGGGGAAAAGACUGGUCACAAUUACAUUGAGGAGCAGGCAAAGCUUGUCCCUUACGAAAGCAACGAGGCAUUUGAAGAUUAUAACGAGAUGGUCAUCCAAUAUGGAUUUAUCAAUCUGUUCGUUGUGGCAUUCCCUCUAACACCUCUACUUGCGCUGGCAAACAACGUGUUAGAAGUUCAUAUUGAUGCCGUGAAACUCUGCUUUGUGCAUCGCCGCCCUUUUCCACAUCCGGCAAAAGACAUUGGUGUAUGGUUUUAUAUCCUUCGAUUCAUGACGUACAUCGCGCUCGGCACAAACACGGCUUUGAUUUUAUGGACGUCUGACUUGUUUGAGGACCAAAGUGGAACUGCUAGAGCUCUAGGGUUCGUGGUGGCAUGCCAGGUGUGCUUGGUAUUAGCAAUUCUUGUCGAACGUGUGGUACCGAACACACCUCACGAGAUCAAAUUGAUUCAAGAGCGCUAUGAGCAUAUAGUCAAUGUUGUUUUCAAGGGACUGUUUGAGGGCGACGACUCAACACUUAAUGAGGUUGCUGAAAGUUUAGAUCUUCAGAUUUAUCCAAACCAAGAAUGGGAAGAAUCGAAGCAGCACUUUGCGUAA